UGGCGCAGCCAACUUAACACACAAAGUCUGCCUUUCCCUGCUGUAGUCGAUAGUUUCGAUUCGCGUUGACAGCUCGAAGCUCGUCAAUAUAUUCGGGGCGUAACUGUUUAGGAAAAAGCGUGAAAAUGGGCAAAAAACAAAAGAUGAAAAAGGCAGCCGCAGCGGCGGCAGCAGCAGCAGCCAAGGUCGCUCAAUCCGCCUCACCAGCUGGCGAUGCGACCAAGAGCAAGAGCAACAACGGCGGCGGUGGCAGUGGCAGUGGCAGCGGCAGGAAGGACAAGAGCAAUGAGAACUCCGAUCAGAAAUCACACAUAAGCUCCGUCUACAACAACAUGCAGAAUCUGAUGAGCCUGGCCGAGAAUCUGCAGAAGCCGCCAAGUGGCAAAUGCAAGAGUCAGCCAUCGUCUGGUUCCGGCUCAUCGGCUUCGGACAGCUCUGACAGUGAUGAUGCGCCCGACUCGCCGUCAGAAGCAGCCGGCGCAGCAGGCGGAACGGAGCUGCGGCAACAGAAACUCUCAGCGGAUGCGCCCGCCGAGAUGUUUUCGAUGCCAAAAUAUUCGCGUGGCGAGAAGAAGGCGCGUCGCCUACUCAUGAAACUUGACCUGGAGCCGGUGCCGAAUGUCUCGCGCGUCACAAUGCGCAAGGCCAAGAAUGUUCUGCUGUGCAUCGAUCAGCCGGAAGUGUUCAAAUGCCCAAAUAGCAAGACUCUCAUCUGCUUCGGCGAGGUGCGCAUCGAGAAUGCCUCGAAUGCUGCUGCCGCCCAGGCAGCCGAACGCUACAUCAACGAUGUGAAUGUGCGUGCACCACAGCUGUCCAAGGAUGCCAGAGAUGGUCUGCUGGAGACCCACGAAGGCGAAGAAGUGGACAUCGAUGCACUAGGCAGUGCGCUGGACGAGAAGGACAUUGAGCUGGUGCAAAUGCAGGCUGGCUGCACGCGCCAAACGGCAAUCAAGGCACUGAUCAAGCACAAGAGCGAUGUGGUCAAUGCCAUAAUGGAGCUAACUGUGGGCGUGGACAUCUAAGCAGUGUGCACAGCGCCCAAGUUCUCUACUCAUUUUGUUAUUUUUGAAGUGUCAGAAGUUGAAGUUGUCGCAAAAAGUUUUCAAAUUUUGAUCCUAAAACAAUUAUUAAGUAGUAGAAAUUCGUAAUAAUUUCUAAAUGAACCGAUAUUAAUUUGUUAAAAAUAAAUAAAUGUAUUAGUGUCUGC